AGGGGGGCACCCCCAGGGGGUGGGAGGGUGGUCAGCCGUGCCCAGGUCGCCAAGUGGCGGAGAGGUGACGGUAACCGCCUUCCUAUUUCCGCUCAGCCGGGUGGUGGGGUGUAUGUGUGUGCGCGUGUGUGUCAGAGGGAGCGAGAGCUAGGAGAGACACGGAGAGAGAGAGAGCGCAGAGAGAGAGGAGUUUCUGCCUCGCUCGGUUCUUCUCCCACUCACGGGAGCCUUGGAGCAGGGCCCGUCCUCCCGCCCCACUUACUUCCCCCUCCCCCCCCGCAACGAGCCGCGUCUCAGUCACUCGGGCGCAGCAGGUUGGGGCAGGAGGCUCCAGCGCCUGCCGCCUGCCUGGAAAAUGGUUACUCCGGCGGGGGAGCUUGCACUGAUCGGGCUAGGUAUUUUAUUAGCUGUGUGCCAGGCUUUGGAGAAUACAACAUCUGCCUUGAGCGGUCCCCCUAUGGCAGCCGCAGUGGUUUCACAUUUUAAUGACUGUCCAGAUUCCCACAGUCAGUUCUGCUUUCAUGGAACCUGUAGGUUUUUGGUGGAAGAGGAGAAGCCAGCCUGUAAAUGCCAUUCUGGGUAUGUUGGGGCACGAUGUGAGCAUGCGGAUCUCCUUGCAGUGGUGGCAGCCAAUCAGAAGAAACAGACCAUCACUGCCCUGGUGGUGGUUUCCAUAGUGGCCUUGGUUGUCCUCAUUGGGAUCUGUGUGCUAAUACACUGCUGUCGGAUAAGGAGGCCUUGUGAGUGGUGCCGGGGCUUUGUCUGUCAGCAUGAGAAGCCCAGUGACCUCUUAAAGGGAGGAACAACCUGUUGCCGCUCAGAGACAGUGGUCUGAAGGAAGGACACCAGGGAUACAGCCGGUUGGACUGCUGCUGCCCGAUAAAGGAGAAAGGACUCUUCUAAAGAAGUACAUUUUCCAUGGAAGCAAGUAUUGCUGGGGACAUACUAGCAAGCAUUUUUUUUCCUGCAUUGCCUCAAAAACUCCUAUGCAUCCUCUUUAUUAUUUGCUGGGCUUUCAGAACUCGUCGAGAAUUCCAUCUGCUUGGGGUUACUUGGUGUGAACUGAGGAUGGAAAUCGGCAGACCAUGUAACCCUUAAGACUAUUGUUGGAGCUGGAUGACAGACGGUCCGGGAGGAACUGCAAAGAGGGUUGACUUCUUGUUUAUGUAGCAAAGUUGGGUACAGGUGUGGAGGUGUUUGAGUUUGGUGCAGGUGUGAGUGUGUGUGCUGCCAGGGACAAAUUUCAAUCUGAAGUUCUUCCUCUUUUUAUCCCCCUCUUGGCCAUUUGGGCUUCAUUUUUGUCUUUGGAUGAAAUUGUCAGUCCAUACCCAUGACCUCCUUAUGGUGUUUGGGAAUCUACCUGGAACCAUGAGUUUCCUUCAAGAUGUUACAGUUCUAUCUCAUUUGUUUUAUGAGGGGGAGGAGAUAAUAUCGGGUUGCUGCCUACAUUACCAGAAAGACAACUAGUUCUAAGAGGAAUUGUCUUUUCUAGCUACAGAACCUUUAAUACUUUAACCCCCUGAGCCCUCUGGUUGUGUCCACCAAUAGAAAGAUACUGUAAAUUCUCUAUUGCUGUUUUUUCCAAUGGUGAUAAUUUCUAAUUUAUCAGCAAAAGUUUCAUUUUUCAUCUCUUAAAUCAGUAUAAAACACACACACACACACACACACAAAACCUCUUUAGACUUUCUACUUCUGCUGUUGUAUAGUUACAGAGUGAAGUUAAAGCUCGUAAAAAAUAUAUUUGCAUCUUUUGAUCAGGGGAGGCUUUUCCAACAUCCUAAUCAUUAGUCUCUGGGGAAGAAGACCACAGACCAUAUCCCAGGGAAAAAAAAUGCACAACUGAAAUUUUAAAGCUGAGUUUUGAGACCCUAAGCUGUUCUUUGGGUUCAGUCUUAUCCUAGGUGGGAUAACUUGCAAGUAGCAAACAGAAAACUCAUCCCCUCUGGAAAGAGACCGAGUAGGCAGAUAGAUUCAUGCCUGUAUGUGUAGGAGAAGUAAGCUCUGCUAUGUGUAUAGAAAAUUACUCAUUUAUUUUAAAAAAUAACAUGUUGACAGCCCCCUGGAGAAAUCUUCUAGGUUGUAUUUGGAAACUGAUGGUUAGCUGAGCAUCCUUGAAAUUUCAGGUCAGAUCCAGGAAAAGGAGAGCCAGUCACUUACUUUCCAUGUGUAACUCAGUCGGUUUGUUGCUUUAUUUUAAAAUUGGGAACCUUUGCCUUUCCUAUUUAUUUUCAAGCCAUUAACCAAAACAUUCUACUGAUUUUUUCUGUUUUCCAUUAAGGAUAACUUUUUUAAAAAGAAAUAAAUAAAUGUCAAACAAACCUCCUCGCCCCUUCUGGGCCAGACGUUCCCCUCAUAGGACAGACAGAAGGGUACUUUUGGCUUAGGAUGCAGUCGCUGAAUGAACAGUGGUAGAUAUCUUGUAUAUCACUAGACUUUGUUAGUUAAAAUUUCAAGAUAGAACUAUAAUGAGUAGAUAUAUAUAUAUAUUAAUUUACUGUACCAUAUACAAGGAUACUAUUUAUUCAUUAGUCUUUGAAAACGAGAGACAUAUACUCUUCAAUACAUUCUGCUCCUCAGAUCUUAAAAGAACUCUAUUAAAUGAGUAAAGAUAGUUUGAAAUUCUCCUAUCACUGACUCUUCCCCUGCCCUCAUUCCCUUUCCCUCUCCAGUAUCCCACCCUCAUCUCAGUUUACUUCUGUUUGUUUUUUUAAGAACUGAAACAAUAAUACCGUCACCCAUGUCUUAACCUUGGAGCAUCGAUUUUCUCCUUCAUUAGCGUAGCAGGAAUCUCUGAAAUUGAAGAUGAGGAUCCAAUCUGUACUCUACCUUAACCCUCUUACUUCUCCAUGUGAUCCAUAAGAUAUGUGUCCUAAAGACAGGACUCGGGGGUGGGGGUAGGGGGAGUUGGAACUUUUGCUAUAAAAGGAGCUCUUGACUCUGGGCCACCCUCUCCCUGCUCCUCCCCAGGAAUUGUAAAAUAAAAUCAGCUUCAGAUUUGCAGGCAAGCUUCCUGAGCCUCCCCAUGAGCCAUGAGUGUAUUGGGUCGAGAAACAACCACAGCAUCUUUAUUCAAAACCAGACCCACAGGGCAUUUUGUUAUUUUACAUUCUUCCUCCCCAUCCUAGAAACAUCCUAGGAGUUUAAGAUGUCUGGCAGAGGAGAGACUCAUAAAAGUGCAGGUAUUUUUAAGUUAUAAUUUGAAAAAUAGAUUUAUAAUAGUGUUUUUAACUCGGGCCAACAUUUUCAUUUUAAGGCAAAGUUGUUUCCUCAUAGUUUAGCAGAGCCUAUUUGAAUUCUGUUUUCCUUUUAAAAUGUGUUUUCAAGUACCAAUAUGAAGUAUUUGUUUUCCUAGAUGGACUAACUAAAAUCUAGUCUGUGGGGUUUGGUGGUUUUGCUUAUAAGUAGCAUUUCCCUGUGUGUAAUUCUGUCCUCAUCAUCUGUACGUUCUCUGGUGGCCAGUGUUAACUGCCAUUCAAAGUCAGCCAUGUACACACAGGCAGUGAAACCAGGUAGAACUUUCAUGGCUCUCUGUAAAGGGGUUUUGGCUUAGGAUCAGUCAACACUUUGAUUCUCAAGUCAUGCCAGUGCCCUCAUCCUGAAUCAUGAUAGAAUGUCCAUUCACCACAUGGCUUUGAUCUGUCCCCUAGAGGUGCUAGCCACACAAUAAGCACCCUCUCAUAAAUGCUUGUUUGGUGAUAUCUUAAAAGGCUCUAGUAAAGAAAUGAUUUAGAUGAGUAAGGACUUGAGGCUUUUUUCAGGGAGAGGUAUUCAGAUGUCUUUCCUCUUCAUGACUCUUUAAAGAACCUGGAGUUGAACUACUAGCUUUCUCCUCCAGUUUGGAUUCAUUCGUUGGUGAUUCCUUACUUAGAAAUGGGAUGACUGAGAGCAUUUGGCUAAUGUACCAUUUUGGGCAAUGAUACUUCUGUCUUUGACUAUAAAAAUGUUAUGUUGGUUUUUUCUUCACCAGUUGGGUUAAAAUUUGUCCAUUCUGUGCCCUUCUGCCAAUCUCUACAGGUUCUAUACUACUGGCUUCAGAAGAUCAAUUAUCCAUUAGGGUUUUUUGAGUUGAAUCCUCAAGGCCGCUUAGCUAAUGCUUUGAACGGAAUCAACACUGGGAUCCAUAGAGCCCCAAUGUCUGAUUAGGCUGCUAAUGAAAACUCACCCAGCAAGAAAGAUUCAAAGAUCCCUGGAAAACAGAGCCCAAUUAUCCAGCACAGACUGAUGGCAAAAUUCAUUAAACAUGGUAUAACCCGAGUGAUACAUUGGCCUGAUUUGGUGUUUCAACUCGAAUGAGAAUCCUGACCCAGAAUAGAGGUGCCUCCUUUGGCAUGUGGACCAAGGAACAGGAUUGUAAUUUGACCUCAGGGAGGGAUUGGAAUAUUUAAGCCUUUUUCUAAAAGACAUUCUAGAUAUAUAGGCCCAAAAAGGCUUUUGAUGGCUGACAUUUCCUGCUCCCACACUGGGCUUAAGAAGUCUGUCUCGACUGCUUCUUUUGGGGAGACUUUCCAUAUUCAGUUGUAGGAAGGGCAUUGCAUCAAUAAGCUAGUCUUCUGGGGACAGUGUUUUCAGUGUGUGUAUGGGCUGUUUGUUAUUUACCCACACAAUGUUGCCAGGGACAGACAUCAAGUUUCCAGGCCUUCAUGUCUCCCACCCUGCCUAGCCAAGGGGGUUGGGAAUAUUCAAAGGCCAGAGAGACCCAAGGUAUCCAUUUGCAGAAAUGAUGUAAGCACUUAUGUUAAUGUGUAAAUGUUCUCAAAGGCAAACCAUAGUUCUUCCCAGUAACUGAUGAAGCCAGUCUUUCUGAAAGAGCCUAAUAGCAUCCAGACAGACAGAAAGACCAACAGAUGCCCACACUCAGAACUAAGAACUACUCAUUGUAGCUUUUUACUAACCCAUCAUGAAAAUGUUCAACUUUAUCAUUGUCUUUGUUAAGUUUAUUUAACCAGCCUGAUGCUUUUUAGUCAUGGUUACUCUCUCUUCUGUAUAUGUUGCACUGAAAAAGUUAAUAUUUAAUGUUUUAAUUUAUUUUGUGUGGUAAAUUAAUUUUGAUCUCUGUAAUAUGUUAAUGUGAUUGGCAGUUCUUUUCCUCAAUAUCCAAGUUAGUUGUUUAAAAGAGGAGGAAGCAAUAUAAAAUACAGUUGUUUGUGUUUUUCCAGAAAUGUGCACUGUGGUUUGAUUGUACUGUAUCUUAUUUUGAAGGAUGAAGGAAUGAACUCUUUUUUUUCUAAAAUA